UCACAACUGCUGCCAUUUCCUUGAGCUCUCCCUCUCCCAUUUCCAGCUGCUGGAGCAUGCCCUGGCCGGCGGUUGCGACAAUUGUGUUCAGUUUGUGCUUCGUGCUCACCUCCCUCCUCUCACCGCGCUUUUGCUCGCUCAGACGCUCUCUAUCAUCGCGGCCGUCCCACAGCCAGCCAUUUCUCAGCUGUCCUGCACCUCACCUGCACCCAUCUGCAAACUGCCAGACCUACCGAUUGCUCCACUUCCCCUGCAACGGGCGCACUUGUCCAGGACCUGGCAACUCUCCGUGCCCGCACUUCUCCGCCGAGAGCGACAAGUCAGCCCGACGCUCCCAUCUUUCCAUCGUCGUCGCCCCUCUCCGAGCCUCUCUGGACUCGUCCGUUCUUGUCUAAGUAAUCCUUCUCUCCACCGACCGACUGUCGCCUGUCGCCGGUGCCAUCCUCGGCAUUGACACUGUGCCCUUGGUCUGCCGGCACGAACCAUCGAUUCUCACGUCCAACAAAUAAUUCCCAACGCUCGACGACCCUUUCACGGCGGUCUACGAAUAUAUACUCACGAACGAACAAGGGGCCGGCCUUUGCCUUUGUUGACCCCUCCACACUCCCGCCUCGGCCGCUGCAAGAAAACACGAUCGGACAGAUACUCCUUUUUUCUUCUUUCUUUUUUGAUUUGUUUUUUGGAUUGUGACAAGUGAUCCUGUUUAUGCGAUACUCGGGUGCUGUUGGCUGCCAUCCCACCGCUCUGCCUUGAUCGUACUUGAUGCUUGAUUCUCCAUCACCUCGGGCCACCACCGAGAGAACGCAACAAAACAAGAGAAACCAUAUAUAACAUAGCCAUGGAUGACUAUCUGGAUAGCCCCAUGGAGACGGAGGAUGUCUUCCCCUGCAAAGGGUGCGGAGAGAUCCUCGAGGAGGGCAAAGCCUUUGAAUUGGGUAUGAUGUUCCAACUCUAUAAAGGGGCUCGGAUGGUGCUGACAUUUUGCGCUACAGCUGGAAACCGAUGGCAUCUUGACUGCUUUCGUUGCAACACAUGUAACACGCUACUCGACUCGGAUGCGAACCUGCUCCUGCUUGGAGAUGGUUCCCUCAUCUGCAACAACUGCACCUACAGCUGCAGCGCUUGCAAUAAUAAGAUUGAAGACCUUGCCAUCCUAACCGGAGACCAGGCUUUUUGUGCAAGCUGCUUCCGCUGCAGGAACUGCAAGAGGAAGAUCGAGAACCUGCGAUAUGCCCGCACAUCACACGGCAUCUUUUGCAUGAACUGCCACGAGUCCCUCAUGGCAAGACGACGCAAGAAAUCAAAAGCAGCAGCUCAAGCAAAGCAACGAGAAAAGGAUGCGUCGCCCAUGAUCACAGACAAGUCCCUGCCCGCCUUGCCGCCAAACGCCGUCCCUCCUAUAGCGUUCUCGGGCGAUAGGGCAACCCCCGACUCCGACACGCCUACCGAGCUGUCGCCGCGUCCUCGUAAUGCAUAUGGUGGCAUCAACGAGUCGUCUUCGCGCAGCGUUUCGAGGAACGAGCUUUCUCCCGAACGAACCCAAGACUCUUCGAAAGAGCCAUCGCUUGCGCCACCUCAGCAAAACUAUCGGAACAACCGAAACUCAACCAUUCUUUCUGGCGAUAUGAACAUUGGAGAUGGCGAAGGAUUCUUCAUCCCGGUAGCGCUGGAUCCCAGCCCUGCCCCUUCACUGACGCCACAGUCCAUGUCCGAUACUUUUACCGACUCGAGCAGGAGGAAACAGGAGAGAGAUUACUUCAGUGCACCGAAGCCAAGUCCAUCCCAGGACAAGAGAUCGGAAUCCGCAGCAUCCACGCCCCAUAUCGCUUUCCAAGAAAAGGGCAGACAACCGUCGUCCGACUAUGAAGUACCACAGUACGAAAGACCAGCGAGGAAGCUUUCGAAGCGGAACGGCAAACCCCAGACAUCGCCAGGAAUUGGCGAGGAAAGGAGGCCUUCGAAUGGGAGGACACCCACAAACGAUGAGUUCAAACUGCAGGACGCCCCCAAGAGCAAAAAGCUUGUCAACUCCAGGAGUAAUUCUUUGUCGGGUGGUUCUAUCGACGCUUCAGCUCCCACAAGACCACCGCCAGCACCGUCCAGAAAAAGGGAACCGCUUUCAAACACUGCGAACAACAACUCGCCGUCUCCUUCGAAUUUGACUGAAAGAGUUACGCCUCCCCGAGCUUCUCAGGACUCCCGGUUGAGGGACGAAGAUGCUAUCCGGCCAUCGAUAGAUUCACUGUCCAACAGGUCGGAUCUUUCUGGGCCCAAGCCGGUAGCGCGCAAAGAAGUAUCACAGCCACCGCCUCGGAAUGGCGAGCUACAAGUUCGUCCAGCGGCUCCCGAACAAAAACUAAGCGACACCUACAUGCAACCACGGGCAGCUCCACCACCGCCGCCGUCGCAGGCUGGGCAACGAACACCUAGGGGAUCUGUGAGCUCAGUGAAUGAGGAAGGGAAGGUAUCACCCAAGUUGCCGCGGUGGAGUGCUGGUGGCGACUUCAGCAUGGAUGAGGACAUGGCUAGAAUCCUUGGUACCGACGAGGGCUCUUCAUCUAUACUGCGCCGUGUGUCCAAUGCCGUUCGUCACGGGCGACAUAAUAGUGCCGAAACCGCUACACACCAGGCGAGGGUCGGUCACAGCAGGAGCGUCAGCGAGACGACUCGAGGCACCACUUCGCCCCGUUGGCCUAGAACGCCAAUUGCUGAAGACCCAACGAACGGUGGCCAUGUUCCCGACAUCAGCAGCCCGAUCUCGCUCUCCGGAGCUGCCCAUGAUGAUCCAAUGUUCCUGAAGCGGCAGCUCAGAAACUCGGAGCAGCGCGUUGCAGAGCUCGAGCGACAGUUCAACACCGAGAAGGAUCUCAAGAACUUAAACAAGAAACUUGUGGAAAAGAGAAAGACUGUGUCUGUUCUUGAUACCCAGACAGAGAUUAUGAUCCGGCAGCUUGAGGUUUUGGCCGGUUAUGUGGAGCGGGCAAAGAAGACGAGCGAACCCCUGGAUCCCCGGGAGCUGGAGGAGUCUGCCAUCAAAGACUUUGUGCAAAAGCUGGAGAAGGUCAAGCAAAACAUGACGGCAGCGAUCGAGCAACUCCACGCUGAGCGGGAUGACCUGCUCGAGGAAAGGAAUCAAGCCAUUGCCGACCGCGACCGCGCCCUUCUCGAGUUUGAGCAACUUUCGUCCAAGAAUGCGCAGUUGGCUGAUCUGAACAACGAUCUUACACACCAAAUCCAAGAGAGGUUCAAGCAGCAGAUCAAUAAUGGUGAUCUCAAGAUGCCUCCAAAUGGUCUUGGCAUCUACAGCCAUUCCAAGGGCUCGUCCUCGGUCAACUUGGAUACCGCCAGCAUGCAGACUGGAACCACCCUCAUGGGCACUGAUGUUGAGGAGCCCAUCCUUGAGGGCCCAACAGUGGUGAAUAUUCGCAAGGGUCAAGUCAAAAAGUUCAAUUGGAAAAAGGGGUCAAGCAAGGUUGCGCACAACAUCACGAAGGGCAUCAACCGUGCGGCAGGUGCCUUCCAGGCACAAGAAGGCAAUCCUCGCAUUGGCGCCCCUCAGACGCUGAACAGCGACAGCAUUGGCAUCCCGUACAACAUGACGGUCGCUCAGGUCGAGUCACCAGUCACCACGAUCCCGCCUCCACCGCCACCUAUGGGCGUGAACAGAGUCAACACCGACCAGCGUCAAGGUUUUGGCUUCUUUGGCAAGAAGCAGCAACAGCAGGCGAUGACCAAGUCCCAGUCCAUGAACAAUGUCCCAGCACCGGCAGCAGCCGAAGCACCAAGCACGUUGUUCGGAUCGGAACUGGUCGAGAGGGCGGAUUAUGAACGCCGUCAGAUACCCAACGUCGUCACGCGCUGCAUUGAGGAGGUGGAGCUGCGGGGCAUGGACAUUGAGGGUAUCUACCGGAAAACGGGUGGCAACUCGCAGGUCAAGAUGAUACAGGAAGGGUUUGACAAGAAUGGGGACUUUGACAUAUCGGAUCCCGACUUGGACAUUACGGCUGUGACGAGCGUGCUGAAGCAGUAUUUCCGGAAGUUGCCGACGCCGCUGUUGACGUUUGAUGUUUAUGAGAGGAUUUUGGAGAGCAACACAAUCCAAGACGAGAGCGAGAGGUGCGCGCACAUGAGGAGGACGAUUAAUACGCUGCCGCCAAAGCAUCGAGACUGUCUGGAGUUUUUGAUGUUUCAUCUUGCUAGGGUGGCCAGUAGGGAGAGGGAGAAUUUGAUGUCCCCCAAGAACUUGGCCGUGGUGUUUGCGCCGACGAUUAUGAGGGAUCACAGUCUGGAGAAGGAGAUGACGGACAUGCAUGUCAAGAAUUUGGCGGUGCAGUUUUUGAUUGAGAAUAGUCAUGUUAUUUUUGGAGAGGCUUGAGUGGGUGGGUGGUGAGAGGGGAAAAGGGAGAGGUGGUGGUGGGUUUGUUCUUAUUUAGCGACAAGGGAAGGAAGGGUGUUUGAAGUAGUGUUGUUGUUGCUAUUGAUUUUUAUUUUUUUUACUUGAUCCUACAGAGCCCCCCAGAAAAGGGGGGAGGACUGUUAUGAGGAGUUUGUAUAUAAGCCGGCCCCUGCUUUGAGUCUGAGGGAAAGAUGG